CGCUGCAGCUGUGUUCUGCAGGCUGCAGGGACGCGCUGAGACGAAUCCCCGGACGAGGCAAGGGGCCCCCGCCUGCCCUGCUGAGACUUACGCUCUGACCCGUCUCACACGCUUAACUUUUCCGGCUUCAGGUUUAGGACGCGUGCGCGCACGCUCCGCUGCUGUGGGCGGGCAUUGGGGCGGGGCGAGACCGGGGGCCCACUGUCAGGGGAGGGGCGCGCGCGAGCCCAGGGCCUACGGACGCGCGGGCGGCGCGGGCGGCGCUGGGGCUGGAGGGGCGGGACGCGCGCGCUCUCUCGCUGGCAGGGCGGCGGGCCCGGCCUGGGGCCGCCUGGGAUGGCGCCUACUCCGCCUUCGCCCCAGCUGCUUCUCUUGGCAGCCCUUGCGAGGCUCCUGGGUCCCAGCGAGGUGAUGGCUGGGCAGGCGGAGGAGGCGGGAGCCCAUUGUCCCGAGGGCUUGUGGCCUCUGCCCCCGCAGGUGUCACCAAGAGUGACCUACACACAAGUGAGCCCAGGACAGCCACUGGUGCUGACUGCAUGGGAGCUGGCGCUGGAGAUGGCCUGGGUAGAGCCAACCUGGGCCGCCCACUGGCUGAUGAGGAGGCAGAGGAGGAAGGAGAGGAAGAAGAAGGCAUGGAUCUAUUGUGAAAGCCUUUCAGGGCCUGUGCCCACUGAGCCAACCCCGGGUAGAGGGAGGCUGUGCCGGAGAGGGUGUGUGCAGGCCCUGGCUCUGGCCUUCGCUCUGCGGAGCUGGCGGCCCCCUGGCACAGAGGUGACGUCUCAAGGGCCCAGGCAGCCCUCUCUCAGUGGUGCCAAGAGGCGGAGGCUGCGGGCUGCCCUUGGUCCCCAGCCCACUCGCUCAGCCCUGAGGUUUCCCUCUGCUUCCUCAGGGAGCUUGAAGGCCAAGCAGCCCAUGGUGGGAAUCCCUGGUAGGGAGAGUAAUGCCCCAUCUGUGCCCACUGUCUCCCUCCUGCCCGGGGCACCUGGAGGCAGUGCCAGCUCCAGGACAGAGGCUCAGGUGCUCAACGGGCAAGGCAGCCCUGGGGGCUGUGUCUGUUCAAGUCAGGCUUCCCCGGCCCCUCGCGCAGCAGCGCCUCCACGGGCAGCCCGCGGUCCCACCCCACGCACUGAAGAGGCCGCCUGGGCUGCCAUGGCCCUGACCUUCCUACUGGUGCUGCUCACCCUGGCCACGCUCUGCACACGGCUGCACAGAAACUUCCGACGCGGGGAGAGCAUCUACUGGGGGCCCACAGCGGACAGCCAGGACACAGUGGCUGGUGAGGAGUUCCCACCCGAGGCCCCCGUCCCACCUUGCGUGGCCCCGGCCCACCGCCCCCCAAGGCUUCCCUGCCUUCCCGCCCUUGACUGCUCGGCGCCCGGCCCACAGCUGUGCUGAAGCGGAGGCUGCUGCAGCCCUCGCGCCGGGUCAAGCGCUCCCGCCGGAGACCCCUCCUUCCGCCCACGCCGGACAGCGGCCCGGAAGGCGAGAGCUCGGAGUGAUGGCCUAGUACCUGCCACUGUGGCAUGUGGCUGUUCCCCGCACCUCUGCCACGUGGACCUCUGCCACGUGGACCGCGCGCUGGGCGCCCCCUGGUGGCGGCGGCACGGCCCUGACGGAGCACCGCGGGGAUUUCCUCGUUGGUUGCUGGGUGGGCGGCCAAGGGGAGAAAAGGAGCCGCUUCUGCCUCCCUUGCCAAAACUCCGUUUCUAAUUAAAUUAUUUUUAGUAGA